AUGAACCCUUGUUGUGCAUUGGACAGAGCAUGCGAUAAUGGCAUUUUUCAUGUGACGCGAUCAUUUUUGCAUCUGAAUGGUUCUUGCAGCAGAUCGUGCCUCUUUCGUCAGAAAAUCUUGAAAAAAUUAUCCCGUUUAAUUGCAAGAGAACUUUUCAGCACUUCUGUCCAUACCGCAGAAUCGUCCUACCAGCACUACGGCGACCGGGCGUUUUAUGGAUAGAAAAAGCUGCAAGCACAGCGAGUUUGUCGUGCGGAACCUGCGUAACUGAUCCGCGUUGUGAUGCAGAAAUAGGAUGAACCAUUCGCCUCAUCGAUGCACGGUAUGAUUUGUUCGCAUGACAAAUCUGGCACAGCUGCUCUUUCUAGAUCUCCAUACCCCAGCCCACAGGUCCUCCGGCCCCGGCGCUGCGAUAGCGGGAACGAGCACGAACGAAGCAUUUCGGAUGCGGAAAUCGAUAUCGCAGUCAGCAAAGACCAUACAGAACAGGAUACAAUUAUGGAAAUGUGAAGCGAAGUUUUUUUUGAGGAAACUGACUUGUAUUCCUUAGUAGCAGAGAAGUUGUCUUCACAGAGAGACAACAACUUCUAGUUGCAGGUUUAUGCACCCACGAAAUAUAGUACUGCUAUUUGUCAGAGUACUUGAUCAAACUUCACGUUUUUUUCUCUCCAUAUUCGUACUUCAAGGUAAGUCAAAAUCCAAGAGUCAAAUUUGCUGGUCCCACAGUUUUGAAUUUGAUGUCGCGAUUCACUGUGUUGCAUUCACAUAAUCCUGCUCGCAUGACCACAGAUGUGGUGCUGGUGUGGUCACCAGCUGUGUAUUACUUCAAAAAAUGCAACGUACUAUCACACUGAAUAAAACAGCGAGAAGAAGACAAGAUCUGGAAGGGGCUGGAGGAAGUGAGACGGCAAGCGGCAAUAUCAAAAGGAAAAAUCCCCCCUCCCCAUAUCGAAAACGAAAUUUGUGAUGCUGUAUUUGAGUACACAAAUCGACUUGUAAUGCUAGAAGGCCAAGAGACGCAGCUCUGGCCUUGUUUGCAGGCAAUUUGUCAUGCUGUUUCCCACUUCCAGCUGCUCCCUGUCAUGCUGAAGAUGCAAGGCUUUCCCACGCCAACCAGCACUACAGUCCGCAUCUUUUCCAUUCUAGCAUGACAAAGCUGAUUUGUGACUACAUAUCUGCAUCACAAAUUUCUAGUUUGAGUAUGGGGUGGGGGGAUUUUUCACUUUGAUAGGCAAAGAUAGAAGAUGGUCGAGGGCGGAUGCUGGAAAAGAAGCUCGCGGAUAAAACGGUACAAAGUAGUUGCUUUGUCAUGCAGAAGACGCAUGGCAAAUUUAUUUGACAUGCGUACUUACGACCACACUGGUAGAAGUGCGUGCUGUAGAGCCUAACUGGUCUAAGAGUGACAUAGAAACUAAAUGUCAAAAAAUCCACCAGCUCACCCAGCGGCGCGCGCAGGACUAUUACGAGCGUAAGAUGCAAGUUACUUCUAUGCGGGCUUAUGGAAAAUGAAAUCUGUCGUUUCUGCAAAUGCGGUAAUUCGGUUCUUGCAAAUGACACACAGAGACUUCCCUUGAACAAAGUUGUGCAUCAAGUGUUUUAUCAUGCUGGCCCUCGAGUUCUUGUAGAAGGAGGAAGUUAGAAGUAGUAACAAAAUUAUACCUGCGAAGACCGUCACAUCACCCAUUUCCCUCCCAUACCCCAAACCUGGAGCACGGCAAAGCCAACACGCGGGCAGAGCUCAACUCGCUCCGCGCAAGUCAGGGCCGGAUGCGGAAGCAAGAAGCCCAAGAUAUCAAAUGCAAAAAUGUCUGGGUCUGGAAGAGUCAUGCUGUUUUUACAUGACACAGAAGGUCUGGCAUGGACGCUCCAGCAUCACAGGUGUUGAGAAGCUUCCGCGGUGCCGAAUCCGCAUGACAAAUCCCCUAUUUUGGUGACAGAAAGCGGGCAGCUUUUGCUGCCUAUGCAUGGGAGAUUUUUCUGUGUUCUGAAAUGCGCAUCACAAGUUUGUAUUGUUGCAGACCCAGACAUAUUUGCAAUCCAUACAAGACGCCUACCGACAAAAACAGGCGGCGGACCAGGCGAGAAAAUUGGCCAACGCCGAGCGGGUGCUCGCGCAGCAGCGAGAGCAGCUGGAGGCAAAACUGCGGAUCAAUCAAGAGCGGGUACAGUAGAAGAAGGAAGUCUUUGAUGAUGAUACAUAGUGCCAUCAAAGUUGUUUUGCAUGGCAGAUUUCGAUUUCCAUUCCUCGAAAACAAAGAGAAUUCAUCGUAGUGUAGUUGUACAACCACUGCGCAUGACAGAAGCAACUACUCAUGCAAGCGCUACAUCAGAAGCAGCUCGUUCGAAAAACGACGAAAAUAUAAACAGGCGGACAGAAUAUCGCGGGUAAAACAAGACCAAGAGGCCGCGAGGAGAAAGCAGGAAACGGAGUGUGAAAUGAUGCAUACGAAAGUUGAACAAAUGCUCGUCGAUCGACUUUUUUUCUGCUUUCAGUUUUGUUGGAUCUUGCACAUUGGUUCGUUCGUAUAUCUGUUACGCGCGGCGAUGUGUAUCUAUGUGGUACGUUUCGACUUUCGAGUAGAUCGGAAGAUCGCAUGACAAACUGAAGGAAAAGUCAGACAUCGAGGGCGUUGUUGCACUUGCAUAUCCCACGCCCAAAUACCGCAACUGGAGGAGGAGGAGAUGCGCUGCCUGCAGAGAUUGCAGAACAGCAGUAGAAAUCAUAUACAUCAAUUCACGAUUUCGAUUUGAUACUGUUCGUCUCAUUCUCGCAUGACAGAUUUCAACUUGUAUGCUUCGACGCAAUGAAAAUCCUUUCUCUAUAAUUCAACAGGAAUCGUCACCCAAUCCGUGCUUUCGGAGCUGGAGGGCAGCCUUGGCGCGCGCAACCCCGUGACCAAUCUGCUGCGCGCGAAGGCGUUACGGACCCAAUCUGUGUUGGACGAGUCGCAGUUCGAUUUAAACGCAGUGGCGGAGGAGGAAGAACAUGAACACCACAUCGAACAAUCCGAGGCUGUUCCCCAGGAACAAGAGGUCGAAGGACAGCACUACCACUAUCGUAAGCAAAAAUCCCCCCUCCCCAUAUCGAAAGUGCAGCCAAAGAAAAUUUGCAAUGCUGAUGUGUGACCACGAAUCGUCUCUGUCUUGCGAGAAGGCAACCCCACAGGCUACGCCGGAUCAUGCAGGCGGUUGGUGAUGCUGCUCGGCUUACAGCAUGGACAUUCGUCACGCUCGGCGCGUACGUCAAAACUUCUCAGCUCAGGGCUUCCACACGCCUGCAGUCCGCUCCUGCGAGACAAAUCCGAUCUGUGUACGGAAGUCCAGCGUCAGAAACUUUGUUUCGAUAUGGGGACGGAGAUUUUUGCUUUUGAUAACCACAUAGAUAGCGACCAACUUCCUGCUGCGGCGAUCCCAGGCGCCGCGGCCGCAGCCAUGCCGCACCAGUUUCGGCCGGAUCCGCGAUAGUGCUGGUCGGCGGAAUUUUCUAGCUCCGACGUCGUCGGGAGGAAAAAAUUGGUUGCCGGGUGUGUGAUUCUGAUUUUCCUGCGCAGCAUAAUGCUUCUCCUCGAAUUAUGGAGAGCCAGUUUGCACGAUGAUGAUCACGAAAAGCUGCAAAAUAAUUAUACGCACUUCCUGCUUCUAUCAGAGAGAGUGACGUGUGUCACGAUUUUUGCGAUUGAGAGGACUCUUGAAUUCGAAUUGAC